AAAGAAAGUAUUAGUUGAAUUCGACGGAAAACAAGAAGAUAGUAUAGAUUAGUGGAAGUGCGGAAGAUGGAGAUGAUGGGAAUGUCUUCAUUGUCUAAUUCGUCGAUUCUCUUCAGUCCUCUUCACUUUGGAAUUGGAGGCAGCAGCAGCAGCUCCCUCGCUCAUAACCAGAAGAACGCCAUCACUUUAUUUCUCUCUUCUUCGUUGCUUCCACUUUCUCAAUCCACCCAUUUUCCUUCUCUUUCUUCUUUCUCUAAUGUAAUAGGUUCUAAUAGAUUGCGGGCUUCUGCUUUUAACAAAGGAAGAAAAUCCGACACUACCCUCUCCGAAAUGGACGACGAGGAGGAGGAGUUCAUUGAUUUCGAUGAUGAAUUCGACGGUUCCGGUGAUGAAGACGGCGAAGAGGGCAUGGUUGUUCCGCUUGGAAAAAUGAAAAAGUGGCUUGAGAACAAGCCUCGUGGGUUCGGUGAAGGGAAAGUAUACGAUACUUCCAUUGAAGACAAGCUGCUCGAAGAAAUAGAGCAAAGCAGUCAAGCACAAAUUGUUAAUGUCAAUAAUCUUAAAAACGAUCAUGUCAAGCCCGGUUCCAAGAAAGAUCAUCAGAAAAACAAGAAAGUAGCUGAAAGUGUUCCGGGUGGAAUUCGUGUGAGAGUCGGCAAUCUUCCUAAGAAAAAGAACAUUCUCAGGGAUUUGAAAGCUGCUUUUGAUGGGGUUUCUGGAUUAAUUCAUAUAUAUCCGGCUGUUUCUGGGAAUAAGAAGACUAAAGACCCUGUUUGCAAAGGUUUUGCCUUCAUUGAUUUUAAGCGUGAGGUGGAUGCAACCAGGUUUGUGCAAAAUUUCUCUGGACAUAAGAUCACAUUUGGUAGGAUCCAGAAGCAAAUAAAAUGUGAGAUUGUGAAUCCUCCUCAUGAAGAAUCAAGUGACAAUGAAUCUAUCACACCUGUAGUGGGAAGUUCUCGCUUCAUAGACGUUUCAAAUGCUAAUUUCAAUAUGAAUAAUUCUUCCUCUGAUUCAUCAUUGGAAAGUUUAUCUGAUGAAGUCUUCGAUCAGGAUGAUGAGCUUGUAUCGGAUGAAUUUUAUGAUCAGGAUGAUGUGCUUGUAUCGGAUGAAUUUGAUAAUCAGGAUGAUGUGCUUGUAUCGGAUGAAUUUGAUGAUCAGGAUGAUGCGCUUGUAUCGGAAGAAUUUGAUGAUCAGGAUGAUGUGCUUGUAUUGGAUGAAUUUGAUGAUCAGGAUGAUGAGUUUGUUGAAGUAGAACUUGGAGAAGUUAGAAACAGUAUUAAUGCUACUAUUGUAGGAGAGGCAAAAGAGGCUGAUAUUAUGGAACAAACGUUUAAACGUGAAGCUGAUUCAUCUCGGCUGGAACGAAUAUUGGAUCUUGAGAAAAGGCUACUUGCCAGAGGAAAACAGCAAAGAGUUCCAAAAGAGCAAAAAGGUCAAAAGCUAGAAAGAAUUAGGUCUAUUAAGAAAAAAGUACUUGCUAAAGGAAACCAACCAAAAGUUCCAAAAGAGCAAAAGGUUCAAAAGCUUGAUAUUCCAGGGUCCGCUAAGAGGUUAAAGAUUAAGGAAAAGGCUCAGCUAACAGGGGUCUUCUCCAAAUAUGGGUUGAAAACUCCUUUGACUUCAAAUGAAGAGUCCUAACCAGCAGAAAAUGUGUAAGAGUAUUUGAUAUUACUAGCUCUAGUAAACUUAUACAUUCCUCCUUUGAUCAUUAGUAUUUGAUAUUACUAGCUCUAGUUAAUUUAUACAUUCCUUU